GUGCGAACAUGUGGUUAUAGGCCUGCCCGAAGAGGAGAAAAAAUAGAAGAAAAUAAUAAGAGAAUAAUAAUAGGCAGCAAAAGAAACAGAAAAGAAGAAACAGAGAGAAAGAAGAGAAGAGACAAGCAGUAGAAGAAAAAAGAGAAGGAAAAGAAAAGAAAAAAAAUAACAAGCAGAAUAAUAAGAGAAAAAAGAAACAGAAAAGAAGAAAGAGAAAGAAGAGAAGAAGAAAUUGACAAGCAGUAGAAGAAAAGAGAGAAGGAAAAGAAAAAAAAAGAAGGAAAAUAAGCAGAAUAAGAGAAAAGAAACAGAAAAGAAGAAAGAAAGAGAAGAAGAAAUUGACAAGCAGUAGAAGAAAAGAGAGAAGGAAAAGAAAAAAAAGAAGAAGAAUAACAAGCAGAAUAAUAAGAGGGAAAAGAUACAGUAAAGAAAGAAAGAAGAAAAGAAAUUGACAAGCAGUAGAAGGAAAAAUAGAAGGAAAAAAAAGAAGGAAAAUAACAAGCAGAAUAAUAAGAGGAAAAAGAACAGAAAAGAAAGAAAGAAGAAGAAAAGAAAUUGACAAGCAAUAUAAGGAAAAAAGUAGGAAAAUAACAAGCAGAAAAAGGAAAAAGAACAAGAACAAGAGAACUAUCAACCAGGUAGAAAAUAACGAGUAGAGAAUAAUAAAAAGAAGAAGAAGAAAAAGAAACAGAAAAAAGAAAGAGAAAGAAGAGAAGAAAUUGACAAGCAGAAGAAAAAAAGAGAAGGAAGAAAAAAGUAGAAAAUAAGAAGAAAAAGACAGAAAAAAAGAGAAAAGGAAUUGACAAGCAGUAGAAGAAAAAAUAAGGAAAAUAGCAAAAAGAAGAAAAAGAAUAAGAACAAGAGAAAUAUUAACCAUGGCAGCCCUAACCAACACAGGGGCGGAGGUGGUGGAGCGGCAGGUGGUUCAGAAUGCCUCGCCUCGCCCUCCGUCCCUUGCGCUGGAGGAUAUGUACGAGAUCAACCGAUGUGUGGCUUGGGGCAGGAAGGGCGGCUACCAGAAGGUUUGCCUCCAGUUCCCGGAUGAGCUGCUUGGAGACGCUGCCGCUGUGGCCCAAGCCUUGAUGGGUCAGCUGGGGCAGGUCGUGUACAUCCUGGGAGACACGACAUAUGGCAGCUGCUGUGUGGACGAGGUGGCCGCUGAGCAUGUGGGAAGCGAUGCCGUGAUACACUUCGGGAACACCUGUCUGAGUCCGUCCCAGAGGCUGCCCGUCCUGUACAUUCCCACAAGACUCCCAGUGGAUGUGUCGAGGGUGGCAGGGCAACUGAAGGAGGCACUAACGGAGAGGAAGGACGCUGGUCACCCACUGGUUCUCCUCUAUGAUACCAGAUGCCACUAUGCUGCAGAUGAAUUGUUCUCCAAGUUGCAGAGCUCAUUCCCAAGCCUCGUGCUCUCCACCCUGGAAGGUCUUUGGCAUCACGAACAGAAAAGUGCGGACUGCUGUAACGUGUUGGAAGACUGCAUGGGUAACUCAACAUGUGCCUGCAAUGAAUCUGAAAGUUGCGAGACAUCUAAGUGCAAUGAUCCAUGUGAAACUAAUGGUCCCAGUGAUUCUCUCAAAAGCUCAGAAAGUGGCCAGCGGGAAGUUAAGUUCAACGGACGUCAUGUGAGUAUACCUGACGGGGCUGACAUCAAGGACAGCAGCUUCAUAUAUGUAGGCCCCAGAGGACCCACCUUAGACUGCCUGCUACUCCGCUUCCCCGAGAACACAUUCCACCACGUGCCUCCAAGUGAUGGUGCCGUGGAAACCCUCUCAGGCAUGCAGAGUCUCAUCCGCCGCAGCAUCAAGCUUGAGAUGAUUCGAGACGCGGAAAUCAUUGGCAUCUUGGUCGGAACCUUAGGCGUUGCGAGGUACCGGGAAGCCAUAACAAGACUCAAGACCAUCGUCAAGACAGCAGGGAAACGUAGCUACACCUUCGUCGUCGGCAAACCCAAUGAACCUAAGCUGGCGAACAUCUCCGAAGUCGACGUUUUUGUUUACGUGGCGUGUCCAGAAACAACCAUAGUGGACCGAGGCUCAGAUCCUGUCGUAUAUAGAAAGCUGGUGGCCCCGUGGGAGGUGGAGGUGGCCCUAGUAGCCGGCAGGGAGUGGAGUAUGACCUUUGAACCGGAUUUUAGUGCCCUCCUGCCUGGUGGAGCGCAUCACGUGGAGGUCAGUGAGGUGCCGAGGGAGGAGGAAGCCAGUGUGUCCCUCAUCACUAACAGAACACAGGCGCUUGGAGUAAGAAACAGUCCCAUUGAGGAGGGCACAGCGGGGCCGGUGGUGGUACAGGAGGGGAAGGUUUUGGCUACCAUCCACGUUGGCGGUGGCGGGCAGGUGCUGGGAGGACGUUCCUGGGCCGGGCUUGAUCCCUCCCUGCCCCCGCCUGCCCUGGGAACUGCUGUGGUGGAGGGCAGGAAGGGCAUUGCAGCGGAGUACCAGGAUGAGACACUAUGACACUCGGAAUAAAGGGAGAAAGGUA